AUGGCUGCAACAAGGAAGCUGCAAGGAGAAAUAGAGAGGUGUCUCAAAAAAGUUACUGAAGGGGUAGAGGUAUUUGAAGAUACCUGGGAAAAACAAAUGGAAAGGUUUAAAAUAGUUGAAAGAGAGACAAAAACAAAGGCUUAUUCAAAAGAAGGUUUAGGAGCUGCUCAGAAAUUAGAUCCAGCACAAAAAGAAAGGGAUGAUAUUAGAGAAUGGCUGGUGUCAUCGAUAGAUUCUUUGAAUUAUCAGGUGGAUCAGUUUGAAUCAGAAAUUGAAUCUUUAGUAGCAGGGAAAAAGAAAAGGUUAGAUAAAGAAAAACAAGAUAGAAUGGACGAGUUAAGGGGUAAACUGGAAAAGCAUCGGUAUCAUAUAAGAAAGUUAGAAACUCUUUUAAGAAUGCUUCAUAAUAUGUCAGUAGAAGUAAACAAGAUUAAGGAUAUAAAAGAUGAUGUAGAAUAUUACAUAGAUUCAUCGGAAGAGCCUGAUUUCAAAGAAAAUGAAUUUAUUUACGACGAUAUCAUUGGGCUAGAUGAAGUAGAAUUGUCCGGAGCGGCACUUGCUGGAUCCGCUGAUAGCAAUGAUACUGGUGGUACGCCAACGUCCACGGUUUCAGAUCCUUCACCUGCCCCGUCACCCCCUGCUCCGCCUCCGUUGCUCCAUAACCAUUCCAGUGACAGUUCCAACGAUGAUAAAAAGAAAAAGGACGAAGUUACACCUGCCAAGGUUUUAAAACCUACAGCUUUAAGAGCGGUUAUUAAUAACUCGGUGACAACUUUAGGAAAACCAGUAUCAAGUUCAACGCCUACAAAGUUUUCCGCAACACCAAACAAUAGUAGUCCGUCUUCAGGUUUAAAUCACAUUUCAACAGGGAAUUUUGCUGCUGUUGCUGCCGCAAACAAUAACAACAACAACAACAACAACAAUAAUAACAAUAAUAAUAAUAAUAAUAAUAAUAACAAUAGUAAUAGUAAUGUGAAAUCUACAUCGCACGCUCCGUCAAAUACUUCUCAACAAGCUACUACUACUACUAAUUUAGUAAACAAUACAACAGAUCAUCAUAACAAUACUACCACCAAUUCUUCGCCGGCUAGCUCUGUUUCGAGCAGAACAAGUCCACUUCCUCCAGCUCCGAGCCCUCAGCCUUCCAUACCUCAAGUAACGCAACUUAACGGACCUUUGCCCAAUAAAUUGGUUGCUGAAGGUAUGUCUUCGUUAAAAUUAAUGGCCCAACAAGCAGUAGAGAAAUCAGGUAUUGAAUUGCCUCAGGAAACUUCGGAUGCACACAUACCGCCCUUGCUUGGAGUUGCACCUCUCGGUCCGGCUCCCCUUUUAAAAGAACAUCAAUUUCAAUUUCAAAUGUUAGAAGCCGGAUUUUACCAUAUGCCUCUUCCGUCUGAUACAGAAAGAACGAGGCAAUAUCUUCCUCGCAAUCCCAUUCAGACACCUAGUUAUUACAGUCAAACUCCACUUCCUCAUUCGGAUACCGUGGAAUUCUUCCAAAGGUUGUCGACGGAAACUCUCUUUUUUAUAUUUUACUAUAUGGAAGGUACAAAAGCGCAAUACCUUUCUGCAAAAGCGCUGAAAAAGCAGAGUUGGAGGUUUCAUACAAAAUACAUGAUGUGGUUUCAAAGACACGAAGAACCGAAAAUAAUUAAUGAAGAAUACGAGCAGGGCACUUAUAUUUACUUCGACUACGAAAAAUGGGGCCAGAAAAAAAAGGAAGGCUUCACUUUCGAAUACAAAUACUUGGAAGAUAGGGACCUGAACUGA